AUGUCCCGCGACCACCCCACUCUCCCCCAUCAGACCACCCCAGCCGGCCUCCCAACCAAAGAAUCCAGCACCUCCUUCUGGCACACUGAGCCCUCGCCCCUCCUCCUCGGCCACCGCUCAACCCGAAACCUGCCAGAGAAAGCAGAUAUAGUAGUCAUAGGCUCCGGCAUCACAGGCGCAAGCAUCGCCCACCACCUCCUCACCACCAACGACCCGAACAACAAUGACCCAAGCAGUAAUGGGAACAGGACUCGAGGCCCCAACGUCCUCAUGCUAGAAGCGCGCGAAGCCUGCUGGGGCGCCACAGGUCGCAACGGCGGCCACUGCCAACCCCUCCUCAUCGAAAACCCGCACGACCCAAGCAUUGGACACUUCGAGCUCAAGAACUUCCGCACAUUGCAGGAUCUGAUUAAGGAGAAGGAGAUCGACUGCGAGUUCGUGGAGCAGCCGGGUGUAAGAGGGAUUUAUAGUCUACAUCAUCUUCGUGAAGCGGAGGAGUCGUUGAAAGUGAUGGAGACGACGGCUCCAGAGUUGGGGGGGUUCAUGAGGAUUGUUACUGAGAAGGCUGAAUUGAGGAGGUUGAGGAUUCCGACGGCAGACGGGGCGGUGGUGACGGAGAUAGCGGCGAGACUGUGGCCGUAUAAAUUCGUCGCUCGCAUUCUAGAGGAUCUCUUGACUUCGACCACCUUAUCUGGGACUUUCAACCUGCAAACACUCACCCCUGCCCUCUCUCUCACACCUGCGCAAAACGGCCCGGCAAGAAGCUGGACCAUCACCACCCCUCGCGGCGACAUAUCAGCCCAAAAGGUGAUCCUAGCCACAAACGCCUACACCUCCCACCUCCUCCCCGACUCCUUCACCAACCUCAUCCUCCCCUGUCGAGGCCAAAUGAGCGCCCUCCAACCCCUGCCCAGCCUCACCGGAUCCUCCCGACUGCAGACUUCCUUUGGUUUCCUCGGAGAUGGCUUAGACGAUUACCUCAUCCAGCGUCCGAGUGAAAGGGGAGGACAUCUGAUGUUCGGCGGUGGAAGACAACACGGUCCUAGUAUUAGCGAGACGGACGAUGGGGUCGUCGAUCCCCAGACGGCGAGGUAUUUGCGGACGAGGCUCGUGGGUGCGUUUGGUUUGCCUGAAGGCAAGGCAGGAGGCGAGAAGCGGGAGGAUGAGGGAGGUGAGGGUGAGGGUGAGGGUGAGGGUGAGGGAGAGAGAGAGAAAGUUCAGUUCACUGCCGCGAACGAAUGGUCCGGCAUCAUGGGGUUCUCCCGCGAUGAGCGGCCGUGGGUUGGUGCCGUGCCGGGUGAGGAAGGGGUUUUCGUCUCGGCGGGGUAUACGGGGCAUGGGAUGCCGAAUUCUUGGCUUUGUGGGAAGGCUGUUGCUAUGAUGGCUUUGGCUGGUAGGGAGGGGGAAGGGGGUGAGAGAGAGGGACGGGGACGGGGUGUGGAGGAAGAAGGGGAGGAGGACGGGGAGGUGAUGCAGAAGGUGAUGCGGGAGACUGGACUACCGCGAUCAUAUAUCUUGACUAAGGAGAGGAUGGAGAGGGCGGAGAUGAGAGGGGGGGGUGGGUAG